UCUAUUUCCGGUUCAGAGUUCGCUCACUGGGGUCCUUCAGAGCGGAUUAGAAAGAGAACUCUUCGCAACAAAAAUACAUUUAUUUAUUUCCGUCAGUCUAUUGUGAGGACUUUUUAAAAACAUGUCUGGCAGAGAAGGAGGAAAAAAGAAGCCACUGAAGGCGCCCAAGAAACAGUCCAAGGACAUGGAUGAAGAUGAUAUGGCCUUCAAGCAGAAGCAAAAGGAAGAACAGAAGGCCUUGGAGGCUUUGAAGGCCAAAGCUUCUGGAAAAGGACCUCUAGGCAGCAGUGGCAUCAAGAAAUCAGGCAAGAAGUAAAGUCUGAAUCUGAUGACGGUGUUUCUUUGCUCCCUGGCUUCACUCCUGCGGCUGCGAUGUCUGUAUGCUCGCUGAGUGAGAGUUUUGCUCUGUUAAACGUGGACUCAUGAAACUAAAAACCUGCCCUGGUGUUGAACUCCUCCAUCAGUGAAAAUGUAGAGUAAAUGCAUUUAAUACUUAGAGGAUUUCAAGGACAGGAACAUCUGUUGCCAGUCUGGCCAGCUUCCCAUAUCAUAACUCCUAAUAACGUGUAAUUAGAGGUUUCACACUGAUAUUUUUUGUUCGGAAAAGUUCACAUACGCACGACCAAAAUGUAAACACUCAGUUUCAAAAUGAAGGUCUGCACAUGCGAUCCUGAUCUCCGCCGUAUUUUGUGUUGUCUAUGUGAAAUUUUUAACCAUCAGAAACACAAGUCACAAUGUUGUUUUGUUCUUCAGAUUUUUGUUGUAUUGUAAAGAGGGAGAUACUAAUAAAGUUUUUGUAAUUACU